CCCGCGCCGCGGCCAUGGUCGGCUCUGCCGCCGUGCCCCUGCUCAUCAACGUGGCCGGGUCGCUGCUGGGCUUCGCGGCCACGCUCACGCUCAUCCCGGCCUUCAAGGAGCGCUUCCUCGCCGCGCGGCUCUUCGGCGAGGACCUCAACAAGGUCUCCCGGCGGCCCAUCCCCGAGGCGCAGGGCGUGAUCAGCGGGGUCGUGUUCCUCAUCGUGCUCUUCUGCUUCAUCCCCGUGCCCUUCCUGAGGUGCUUCGUGGAGGAGCAGUGCGCGGCCUUCCCGCACCAUGAGUUCGUGGAGCUCAUUGGCUCCCUCCUCGCCAUCUGCUGCAUGAUCUUCCUGGGCUUUGCCGAUGAUGUCCUCAACUUGCGCUGGCGCCACAAGCUGCUGCUCCCUACCAUGGCUUCCCUCCCACUGCUCAUGGUUUACUUCACCAACUUUGGGAACACGACGAUUGUGGUGCCCAAGCCCUUCCGUGUGCUACUGGGCAUGCACUUGGAUCUGGGUAUCUUCUACUACGUCUACAUGGGCAUGCUGGCCGUGUUCUGCACUAACGCCAUCAACAUUCUCGCCGGAAUUAACGGGCUUGAGGCGGGACAGUCGCUGGUGAUUGCCGCUUCCAUCAUCGCAUUCAACAUUGUAGAGCUAAAUGGGGAUUAUCAAGAGGAUCAUAUUUUUUCUCUCUACUUCAUGAUUCCCUUUUUUUUCACAACACUGGGGCUGUUUUACCACAACUGGUACCCAUCGCAAGUCUUUGUCGGGGACACCUUCUGCUACUUUGCAGGCAUGACCUUCGCCGUGGUGGGGAUCUUGGGGCACUUCAGCAAAACCAUGCUGCUUUUUUUCAUCCCACAAGUGCUCAACUUCCUCUACUCAUUGCCUCAACUCUUCCACAUCAUUCCUUGUCCCCGCCACCGGCUGCCCAGGCUCAACCCUAAUACUGGGAAGUUGGAGAUGAGCUACUCCAAAUUCAAAACGAAGAGCCUCUCAGCCCUGGGAACAUACAUUCUGAAGGCAGUAAACGUCUUGCACGUAGUAGAUGUGAGGAGCGGACUGGAUGAAGAUGGCGAAUACACCGAGUGCAAUAAUAUGACACUUAUUAACCUUGUUAUAAAGCUGACUGGACCCAUGCACGAGCGAAAUCUCACUCUCCUGUUGCUGCUCAUCCAGGUCCUGGGCAGUGUAGUGGCAUUUUCAAUCCGAUACCAACUAGUGCGCUUGUUCUACGAUGUCUAACUGGGCUGCCACGAGCAGAGGCGAGGUUUUCAUCUUCCACUCGAGCUCUUACUUUCUCUGAUUGCUGACCGAAUGUUCAGAGUCAUCUUAUUCCAGCCCUUUGAGAACCUCAGGACUCCUUUAAAGAUGCAAGGGACUGCUCUGUGCCGGCCAGUCUUGAGCUGUGAUCUCAUUUUUGUGUGCAAGAAGGUGUUUGUCUGAGUCUGCUGACAAAAGAGAUAUCGUACUACUUAAAGGUCACUGCUAUUGAGAGUAUCUUCUGUAUGGGAAGCAUAUGACCCACACCUACCCAGAGUACUUAGGGAAAGUAGGAGAGGAAAAAGCUCUAUAUACAGAUAAGCAUGUUAUUAUUCCCCAAAAGAUAAAACAGCAACUGCAGUUUCUGUAGGACUCUCUAUAACAGAAGAGUAUACACUAUACUCUGUAUACAGAGUUGGUUAAACCAGAAUCCCCCUUUUGGCUGUACCAGCACUGUCUUUGGUGCAUGCACAUCAAAUACAUGCUAUAAUUCCGACCCAGGACUCGGCGCACUCUAAGAAUAAAAUAACUUGUAGCAUGCUUCCCCCUUCAGUGCUUUGCCGUGGGAAGACUACUGACAUACAAUGAAACGAGAUAGUGUCAUACAUUGCUGUGGCCUUCUGUCCUGCUGGAGGCUGUUAAUUUCUGCAGUAGACUGCCUCCUUUUUAACAGCA